CUGAUGUUUGCCUGUUAAUCAUUGACCUGUUAAAUAUACAGCAGCUUGUCUGCGAGAGAGGAUCGGGCAUCGUCUCCAGACUUUUGCUGGAGCGUCCGACACUUGAGAAGUCGGAAUGGUCGGAACGGAUAAAAGCAAAGAGGAGAUGUCGUACGCAUUGCAGGCGAGAAACGGGCAAGCGAGGAUUUGAGAAGGAAAGCCUUUACGAUAGUUUCUGAGGAUACAGUAUGUUGUCCAAUGUCUCUGCCAACCCAGACGAUGUCAUGAACGGUGCCAAUUUUACGCACAAUGGGACUACAAGCGGCGCGUCUAGUCGCGCUAUCUUCAUCUCAUUCAUCUACUCCGUCGUCUGCUUUGUUGGAUUGUGUGGGAAUUCCUUGGUCAUAUACGUGAUCCUAAAGUAUGCCAAAAUGAAGACGGCAACUAACAUCUACAUCUUGAACCUGGCCAUCGCCGACGAGCUGCUCAUGUUAAGCGUGCCAUUCCUGGUAACAUCCACCUUGCUGAACCACUGGCCCUUCGGCUCGUUGCUCUGCCGCCUGGUCCUCAGCGUGGAUGCGGUCAACAUGUUCACCAGCAUCUACUGUCUCACUGUUCUCAGUGUGGACAGGUACAUCGCGGUGGUGCACCCCAUCAAAGCUGCCAGUUACAGAAGACCCACCAUAGCUAAAAUAGUCAACCUGGCCGUGUGGCUCCUGUCCAUACUGGUGAUCCUGCCCAUUGUCAUCUUUGCAGACACGGCCCCCAGCUCUGACGGCUCGAUCAUCUGCAAUAUGCAGAUGCCAAAGCCUGACAGGCAGUGGCUUGAGGUGUUCGUGGUCUACACAUUCCUAAUGGGGUUUCUCAUCCCCGUUGUUGCCAUCUGCCUAUGCUAUAUUCUCAUCAUUGUCAAAAUGAGAGUGGUUGCCCUUAAAGCAGGGUGGCAACAGCGCAAGAAGUCGGAGAGGAAGAUCACCUUGAUGGUGAUGAUGGUGGUGACUGUGUUUGUGAUGUGCUGGAUGCCAUUUUACAUAGUUCAGUUAGUGAAGAUAUUUCUGGGACGACAGAAUCUGACCGUCAGCCAGCUCGUGGUCGUCUUGGGUUACGCCAACAGCUGCGCCAACCCCAUUCUUUACGGCUUUCUCUCGGACAACUUCAAGCGGUCGUUCCAGAGAAUCUUGUGUCUCCGGUGGCUGGACAAUGUGGUGGAGGAGCCCAUAGAUUACUAUGCCACGGCCCUCAAAAGCAGGGCGUACAGCGUGGAGGAGUUCCAGCAAGAUCAACUGGAAUCAGAGAGUGUCUAUCGCAAUGGCACGUGUACCUCAAGAACAACCACCCUCUGAGGAAUCGCGGGGCAGCGAGGAGAACCCAACAAAGGUGCUCUCCUUUGGCUCGAUAACUCGAUUAGUGGGACAGAUUUCUGCCUCUCUGUUCUGUUUUCUGGUCGCGUCCCCUGCUGUAAUGCUUUAGGUUGUGAAGAAAUAUAACAGGUUUAGUAAGGCCGCGAUCUCUCGCCUAUUUGAACUGUUCAGUCGCUUUUAUAUGCAAUACAUAAUAUGAAAUUUCUCUCUAAUUCAUCUUAAGCUUAAUUCAGAUAAGAAUUGUCGCGUUUAAACCAUGCUGGAAACUUUGUGUUGAUGUUGGCUAGAAUCGUUUAAAAAUGUUGCUAUGUGCGGACUUCUUCGGUGUGUCAAUGAUGUAGUAUUUCAAAACUGAUUAAAUUAAAGUUCCCCCCCCCCAUUAAUUUCUCACCGCCUUGCUACACGAUGGCCAAUGACUCCUUAAAACUAGACAGUGAGAGGUAGUUUGUAAUAUUUGUUUGACUGAUGCUACAGGAUUUCUGCCUUCUUUCAUCAAAGGACUCUUAUCUUUCAUCGCCCAUAAAAUUACGCUCUUUAGGCAAUUAACUGUUU